UGCUGUGCAUGUGUGAGGGGGGGUACUGUAGCUGUGGUAGCUGUGGGGAGGGGGGAUGCUCCUCUGAGACCUUCAUUCAGGACUGAUUGACCCUUUCCAUGCCUUAUGGUCUGUGAGCCACAGAUCACAUUUACCCGGAAAGAGGUUGGGCUGGGGGAGAAGAGCCACUUCUAGAUGUUUUUCAGCACUUCCCAGCAUGGAAACACCACUGGUCCCAGCUCCACUUUGUGAUUUAUUGUGGCCGUCUCUUUGCACCUCACAAUAAGAUGGGAAUCAGUUUGUCAGCUACAUUACAGUGCGCAGAACUGGUCGGGUGAGGAGCGCUCAGCGGUUUGUGUGGGGCCACAACAGCAGCGUCUAUGGCUGGCACAUACAGCUCUACCUUACAGACCCUGGAGGACCUUACUUUAGACUCCGGCUAUGGGGCAGAAAAUUCCUACAGGUCCCUCAGCCUCUCCUCAUCCAAAUCCAACUCUCAGCCACUGGUAUUGGCACGAGGGAGCUGGUGUUAUCACUCAGGGUCCCUGAACAGUAGGCACAGCAGCUGGGACACCAUGAAUACUGAGGACCCUGAGCUGGCAGAUAUGCUGUCCAGGUGCCACCGGCUGCCUGAGCUGGAGGAGUUUCCCUGGACGGAUGAGGACAUAGGAGGGCUCCUCAGGGCAGGUAGAGGGGAUGUGAGCCGCGGAGAGUUCACUAAGGAUGCGUUCCGCGCAUUGUCCCUUCUGCUGCGGAGACCUCUGAUCAGAAUUUGCAGAGAAGCCCAGCGCCUCAGUGUGGCACAUGCCAGGUGCACUCGCUACGAGGUCCAGAGUGCCGUGAAGCUAAUCCUAAGCUGGGCUUUGUCACAAAGCUGUACCGUGGCCACUGUCAGAGCCCUGUCCUGCCACAGUAUGAACGCGGGGGACAGGCUCCGCAGGGGAAAGUCAGCUCGCUGUGGCCUGAUGCUCUCUGUGGGCAGAUUCUUCAGGUGGAUGGUGGAUACAAGAAUCUCAGUGCGGAUACACGAGUAUGCAGCCAUCUGCUUGGCAUCUUGCAUGGAGAACCUGGUGCAUGAGAUUAAAAAACGAGUCGUGGCAAGCCAGGGACCCGAUGUGGCUGAAAUCUCGCUGGAAAUAUUAGAGAUGGCAAUUAACAAUGAUGUAGAACUUUGGGGAAUCCUCCAACCUUAUGAGCACCUUAUCUGUGGCAAGAACGCCAAUGGUGUCCUUUCUCUCCCUCCAUACUUCAGUCCUUAUAAUGAAGCCAGUUGCAGUGUAGGAGACAAGGCGUCAGUGUCGUACACACAACUCGAGCUGCGCACUCUGGAGCAGUCCCUGCUGGCUACAUGCGUUGGGAGCAUCUCUGAGCUGAGCGACCUAGUAUCACGUGCCAUGCACCACAUGCAGUGUCUGAGUGCUCAGCGCCCUGGCAUGAGCCCAUCACGUAACCCCCAUCAGGCUCACCCUCAUAUAACCUGGUCACAAGACUCCCUGCACACGCUCUACUACUUCCUCCGAUGUCCACAGAUGGAAUCCAUGGAGAACCCAAAUCUUGACCCUCCAAAGAUGGCACUGCACAACGAGAGGCCGUUCAUCCUGCUGCCCCCCCUAAUGGAGUGGAUACGUGUAGCGGUCACAUACGCCGAACACCGGCGCAGUCUGACAGUAGACAGAGACGACCUCAGGCAGACAGCCAAACUGCUCCUUCCAGGUCUGGACACUGAGCCCCGGCAGCUGAGGCCAGAGUGUUGCUUCAGCUCGUUCAGACACCUGGAUGCAGGGGCAGCUGCUCUGAAGUUUCAGCAAGAUUUGGGAUUCCGAAUGUUGAACUGUGGCCGUACGGACCUCAUCCCACAGGCUGUGCACACCCUGGGUCCUGAUGGAGUUAACACCAUAGAUGAGCAGGGUCUCACCCCGCUUAUGUAUGCUUGUGCAUCAGGAGAUGAGGCAAUGGUGCAAGUGCUGAUAGAAGCCGGAGCUAAGCUGGAUGUCGCAGUUCCUGGCAGCUCACCCCGGCACCCAUCAGUGCACCCAGACAGCCGUCACUGGACAGCUCUAACUCUGGCUGUGCUUCAUGGACACAUCUCAGUGGCACAGCUCCUCCUAGAUGCGGGUGCCCAUGUAGAAGGUUCAGUAGAGAACAGCAGCGACGACAGCUAUAUAGAAACUCCCCUACAGUUAGCAGCAGCUGCAGGUAACUAUGAGAUAGUCAGUCUUCUCCUGGACAGAGGAGCUGACCCUCUCUUUAACAUGCUGAAUACUGGAGGAGUCUACUCAUCACUGCAUGAGGAUAUGAAUUGUUUUAGCCAUGCUGCUGCGCAUGGACAUAGGAACAUUCUGCGUAAAUUAUUGACCCAGCCCCAGCAAUUUUCAGGGGAUGUCCUGUCCCUAGAGGAGAUUCUAGCAGAGGGAAUAGAAAGUGACACAUCCAGCACAGGCAGCUCUGACCAACGCCCUGCCAGGCUCUGCAAGGCCAGAAUGAAAGCACUGCAAGAGGCCAUGUACUACAGUGCUGAGCAUGGAUAUCUAGAUAUCACUAUGGAUCUCCGUAGCCUGGGGGUCCCUUGGAAGCUGCACAUCUGGAUUGAGUCUCUACAGACCUCCUUUUACCAAUCACAGCAUACUGCUAUGGGGAUCUUGCUGCAGGAAUUUGUCACCAUAAGGGAGGAGGAUUAUAAUGAGGAGCUGGUCAGUGAGGGUCUUCCACUUCUGUUUAACAUCUUUAAGACCAGAGAGUGUGACAUUGUGACCCAUCAAGUAGGAGCCAUCUUUGUCCGUUGCUAUGGAGACAAUCCAAUUCCCAGUAUACCAGAGGUACAGAGGGCACCUCCAGCUAGACUAGAUUCUCAGUUCCUUAACAACAGAGAGAUGUCAGAUGUGACAUUUUUGGUAGAAGGAAAAUUGUUUUAUGCACAUAAGAUCCUACUUGUCACUGCCUCUAACAGGUCCCUGAUGACAAACGAGCCUGAGGAGCAACAUUCCCAUCACAAGGCCAUAGAGAUCCGGAAUGUGAAGUACAGUGUAUUCCAGAUGCUGAUGCAAUAUUUGUAUUAUGGAGGAACAGAAUCUAUACAGGUCCCUACAACUGCAAUACUAGAGCUUCUAUCCGCAGCCAGCCAGUUCCAACUUGAUGCUCUACAGAGACAUUGCGAGAUCAUCUGCUCCCAAGCCAUUACUAUAGAUAACUCUGUCAGCAUCUACAAGUACGCAAAGGCAUACGGCGCACACAAGCUUGCUAUGUUCUGUGAGGGAUAUUUCCUGAAGAAUAUGACAACUUUGCUAAAGCAAGAAACCUUCAGACAACUCAUUCAUGGACACAGCAGGAACAUACACGGCAUACUGAGCGGUCUGCAGAACACUCUGGCCUGUCGUAUAAACGAUAUUUAUAUUGCAUCUCGCGUGUGAAGGUGCAGAGGGAGGCGCAGGUUCGAGUUAGUAAGAUCAAGACAGUUACUAAGCAGGUGUCAGGGACAAAGCAUAACCAUCCUGCAAGGGUAACAGAAGAAAUGUAUUCAGCGCUCAGCCGAGUGCAAGUCUCAUAGACAAGCUGGUUGGAACUUUAUUAAAAGGGUUAAUGGCCCAACCUAUAAACAGAUAUGACAUCAUAGCUUAUAGUUAUGACAUUUUAGGAGUGGCAGACAUAUUUGCACAUUGUUUUGAUAAAAGAAUCACAAGGCUGGACCUGAUCUGUAUUUUGUGUAGGUAAUAAAGUUAAUCGUGUGGCACCUGGUACUAAGCCGGAACUCUGGUAAAUAUGACACGUGGCCUAAUUAAUCUGAAGCACUCCCUGACGCGACGGUUAAAUUGCAAUACUUCUAAGUGUGGCAGACUUCAGCACCUUAUGCCGCUAUGUGAAGAGAAAACACGGCGCACAGCACAAAUGCUGCCACAGCUCAUCCACACACUUUAACAAAUGAUUCGUAGUGUAACAAAAAUUGUAAAUUGUUUAUUAGUAAAUAAAAGUUCAUGAAAGUUCUGGGCUUUAA